UAAAUACGCCUUACAGGCCGUUGCCCCGGUAACCCGGAAGCUUCACGCUCUCAGACCUUUGCACGGCUCAGAGUUCUUCCUGUUUUAGAGAUUUCGAGGAAGCAACAGCAGCAGCAACAACAGCAACAGCAGCAGCAACAGCAGCAGCCUGUGGACAGUCACGUAUGUGCUGAUGGUUGUAACUCAGUGAUCUGCACGAGCUGAGGACCCAUGAUCUCUCAUCCUUGUGCUACCUCACUUGCGCUGUACAUAUUGUGGAUCACCAUGGCUCAGGUUGCUGGCCAGGAGGACAGAGAGAAAACUACUGCACUCAAAGAUUUGCUGUCAAGAAUAGACUUGGAUGAACUGAUGAAGAAAGAUGAGCCUCCUUUUACUUUCCCUAAAACUCUGGAGGAGUUUGAAUAUGCCUUCAAUGAAGAUGGCCAGCUCCGACAUAUAAAAACAGACGAACCGUUUGUGUUCAAUGCCAGGGAAGAUCUUCACCGCUGGAACCAGAAACGCUAUGAAGCUCUCGGAGAGAUCAUCACUCGGUAUGUUUAUGAGCUGUUGGAGAAAAAGUGCAACAUGACUAAAGCUUUCCUGCCAGAGGAUGCCACAGAAGAUGAACCCACCAGUUUUAUUUACCUGAGCCCUGAUGCCUUGUCCAACCCGUCGAAGCUGCUGGUGCUUAUCCAGGGUAGUGGCGUAGUACGGGCCGGUCAGUGGUCCCGGAGACUAAUCAUCAACCAGGACCUGGACUCGGGGACACAGAUCCCCUUCAUCACCAAAGCAAUGGAGGACGGCUACGGCGUGAUGGUGCUCAACCCGAACGAGAACUACCUGGAGGUGGAGAAGCCGACCGCGUCCAGCCCGCUGCCCUCGCCCACCGAGCCCACGGACGAGCCUGCGGAAAAGAGGGAGCGCAAAGACGACAAGGAGAGCAAAAAAAAGAGGGAAUUCUACGAGAAGUACCGCAACCCGCAGAAGGAAACGGAGACCGAGCGGAUACCUAUACGGGAAAAUGCCUCCUCCGAGGAACACGUGCUAUACGUGUGGGACAACUUUGUGUCCAGAGCCGCAGCCAAGAAUGUCUUCAUCAUGGCCCACAGCUACGGAGGGCUGUCUUUCGUUGAGCUGAUGAAUCAGAGGGAAAUGCAAGUGAAGAACCGAGUGUGUGCCGUGGCUCUGACCGACUCCGCUCACAACAUCUGGCUCCAGGAGACGAGCAAAGGCACGCAGGACUGGAUGCAGCAGCACUGUUGUAACUGGGUGUCGAGUUCGGAACCCCUGGACGCGCCGCUGGACGCCAUGCUGCCCGACUGCCCGCGAGUCUCUGCAGCGUUUUCUGACUUGUCACCGGCCUGUCACUGCUCCGGGGCGGCUCCUCGUGACCUUUAA